AUGCGUACCACUCGCCGGGGGGUUAAUUUCGGUGCCGAAACGGUAAUGGCCGCGGCGUCGUCUGGGGUUGAAGUCGUGGUCGAGGACCGAGAUGGAAGUGGGAAAGAAAGCCAUGAGAGGAAACAAGGUGUGUUAGUCGGAGAGCUCCCCGACCGUUUCAGUUUAGAGACGCCCCAAGAAGGCACGAAGGAGCAUAUGAACGUAGUUGAGCGUCACCUGGACGAGCUGACAUUCUGUGGCUCCACUAUCAACGACCUGGAGCUCCAGUUGAGCAGCGCUAGAGCCUCAUUUAGAAAAACGCUGGGAGAGUGCAAACUGCGACUGGAGGAGACACGGAAGAGACUAGGCUCAUGUAUUCCCAAGUCCCAGCCAUUCAUUGAAGUAUGGAGGAAGGCGAGACAGGUUCAAGAGGAGUCUAACAGGGCAGCUGCAAUGUUUGACAAGGCCAGCAGUCAGUACGCCGCAGCCAAGGAGAUGAUACGAGUGACAGAGGGCGAGUUGGCCAAUUCCCUCCCUGAGACCAGUGAAGAGGGGAAGGUAGUAGAUGAGUCAGUCAGUCAUGCACUCCUGGAAGUCCUGAACCAUGCUACAAGAAAGGUGGUUGGGACGGAGAAGGAGAAGAGGGAGAGUGAGGCUGAGCACCGCCGCGUCCUAGAUCGCUGCAAUGCAGUCCUGGAGGAGUACCGACUAAUAGAGAGGAAACUGAGACCUCACAUCAUCAAGUCUCGACCCUACUUCGAGGAGAGGUGGAGAUCGAGCCAGGAACUGAAUCAACUGAAGAGGCACAUCUCUGGUCUGGAAAGGGAAUUGCAGAAAACAAAGAAGAGAUAUGCGGAGACUCUGCGGAACCUCGACCGUCUGAACCACUCCCUGCACAGGCAGCGGCGUGCCAACAGCCUCAGCCCCAUUCCCCAGCAGUCCUCAGAGGUGGGUGGAGCCAACAGUGACUCGGAGAGUGUUCAGAGCUGGCAGGUUGUGGAGGGAGUUCAGUUCACCGGUUCCACUGGCUCUCUGCCUUCCAUUGGCAGCUCAGUGGCCGAGGAGAAAGAUGAGCAUCCUCACUCUCAACCGCCACAAGAUGAUGUGUCUGUCCCUGCCAUUAACGUUGUUGCUGACGACGAUGAACUCACUCAACUAGCAAGAGACUUUGUACAUCGUGCCCUCCGCUCUGCACUGACUAGACUAGCCAACCAGUCUUCGUAG